CAGCUUGGUCACAUUUGAAAUUCAAACUGCGGAGAAGACGGUCGCGUUCGUCGUUUCGAUUCGUUUCGCGAAUUCAGUGAGCAGCGUUGUUCGAUUUGUUUUAAAAUCGCCGCAUUUCGUCAGCGAGUAACCGCAUUGCACAUGGCUAAGCUAACCUAGUAGCAUUCAAAAUUAAACGAGAGUUUAAAUCGAGAAAUUAAUCGCAUACUAAACGGCGCGUCGCUAAAUGUCAAAACAAUUAACAGCCAAGUACAGCCGAGCUAAAGAGGAAUAACAAAAGUAUCAAAAGGAAUAGUACGAAAAAGAAGAAGCAAGGGAGAAGACGUAGCGCGAGAGCAAGAACUGUGAUAAAGUUAAAGUGGUAAACAAGCAAUCAUGGAUAACAGUAGCGGUCAAAAUAGCAGAACAGCCACGACGGCGUCAACCAACAAAAUAGUCAGCAGCAGCUAUUCGUCUCCAGCCUCGCCAACAUUUGCGUCCUCUAGUGGCAACGGUGCCACAGGCAGCAUGAGUUCCAGCCAGGAGGACACUGUACUGGGUUUAUUUACGCCCAAAAAGGAGUUGGCCAAUGCCAGGAUGCUGCAAACGAUCAGGGAGAAGGUACUGACGCCCGGCGGAGCCUGUGACCUUUUUGCUUUGGGCAUUGCAGCGGAGCCCACGGACCAGCAGCCGGUGAGGUUGAUCCAGAAGCGUUAUCUGAUCACCGCCCAACCUAGUCACAUAUCCGCCGCCGUAGCCGCCAAGACACCCGCCUCGUAUCGCCACCUGGUCGAUCUCACCGCCUCCAAUUUGCGUUGUGUGGAUAUCUUUACCGGGGAGCAAUUUCUGUGUAGAAUUGUUAACGAACCGUUACAUAAGGUCCAGCGUGCCUAUUACCUACUGCAUCAACAGGACGAAGAGCUGCGCAAAAGCACUAUCUAUGGACACUCGCUUAUCCGACCGGUUCACGAUAUAAUUUCCCUGUCUAAGGACCGCACCUACAUCCUCAUUGCCCCCGUUCCCCAGGAGAGGGACUCCACGGGCGGUGUUACCGGGGUCUACGAGAAUCUGCACACCUACAUCCGCCACGAAAAGCGACUGUGCGAAACGGAAGCCAGGGCCAUCUUCCAUCAGAUCUGCCAAACCGUUCAGGUUUGCCACCGCAGUGGGAUUAUCCUCAGGGACCUCAAGCUCAAGCGGUUCUACUUCAUCGACGAGGCAAGAACCAAACUGCAGUAUGAAUCACUGGAAGGCUCAAUGAUCCUCGACGGCGAGGACGACACUCUGAGCGACAAGAUCGGAUGUCCAUUGUACACCGCUCCGGAACUUUUGUGUCCCCAACCGACGUACAAGGGCAAACCGGCGGACAUGUGGUCGCUGGGCGUGAUCCUCUACACCAUGCUGGUGGGUCAAUACCCGUUCUACGAGAAGGCCAACUGCAACCUCAUCACCGUGAUCCGCCAUGGAAACGUUCAGAUACCCAUGACACUCUCCAAAUCGGUGCGAUGGCUUCUGCUGUCGCUGCUGCGAAAGGAUUUCACGGAACGCAUGACAGCGAGCCAUAUCUUUUUGAGCCCAUGGCUGCGGGAGCAGCGACCCUUCCACAUGUACCUGCCCGUUAACGUGGAGGUGGCCGAGGACUGGAGCGAUGCGGAGGAGGAGGGCGAGGGCACCGCCACCGAUGCGAUCGACGAGGACGAGGAAGGACUCUGUCCGUUGGGUGGCAAGCACGAGUACGAGGACAUUGGUGUGGAGCCACUGGACUACACACGCACCACGCUCCAAAUGGCCCAGAAUGCCAACGGACUUUCGACCACGGAACCCGAACCCGAUACGGACGUGGACAUGGGCUGAUUGGGCCUCGUGGAGUCACCCACGGGUUGCUUUCUGGGACACGCUGGCGCGUUGGCUACUUUCCGGCUGAAUGCCGGAGUGAGUAGCCGCCGGGAAUGGACAAAUCCAGUCAUUAGACACUGUGGAAAUCCUGGCCCCAUGUCAAUGGCGCGCGCCGACACCGACUGCGUUCCACGUCGUCUUCCUGCAGGUGGUACUGCCAACAAAGACUUAAAGCCUCGCUUAGACACUCUUUUAAGACACACACACACACACACACACACAAGAACUCACUGCCUUCCAAUCGCGCUGCGGCCACCGAUCCGUUCAAGAAUCGCGCGCCGCUCCGCAGCCUCCUCUCUGCAACUGAUUCUUCCUAAAAGCAAAAACCUACCUAUGUACAAUACAUUUAACAUUUUAAUUUUUUUGCAAACUGUUGAUCUUAUCAAAGGACAGUCGCCCUGAUUUGUUUUUGGGCUCUAAAACACAUUAGUUUCCAUGUUAAAAAAUGCAACGAAUGCAAAUUGUUAUUUAUUAUUUAAUACUUCUGUAUUACGCUUUGUCUACUAUUAAAAUCUUGUAAGUGAACAUCCUGAAAAAAAAACAUAAUACAUUGAAAUUUGAUCUCACCAAGAA